AUGGAAUCUGCAGGAGACUGGUGUCUUAUUGAAAGUGAUCCUGGAGUAUUUACACAAUUGAUUCAGAAAUUCGGUGCAAAAGGUGUUCAGGUUGAAGAAAUGUGGACUAUUGAUGAUGGAAUUUUCGAAAAUAUGAGACCAGUUCAUGGAUUAAUAUUUCUAUUUAAAUAUCUUCAAGACAAUGAACCUCCUCAACCGAUAGUUACAGAUGAUCGCACAGAAAAAAUUUACUUUGCAAAACAGGUGAUUAAUAAUGCAUGUGCUACACAAGCUGUUAUUAGUCUAUUGUUGAAUUGCAAUCAUCCAGAUGUUGAUAUUGGUCCUGAAUUGACAAAGCUGAAAGAAUUUAGCAUGUCUUUUGAUCCAAAAAUGAGAGGCCUUACAUUAAGCAACUCUCAUACCAUCAGAACUGCACACAAUUCAAUGGCUCAACAACCUAUAUUUGAGUUUGAUACUAAAGUUGCUACUAAAGAUGAUGAUGCUUACCAUUUCAUUGGCUAUAUGCCAAUUGAUGGUAGGCUAUAUGAAUUAGAUGGACUCCGUGAUGGGCCUAUUGACCAUGGGGCUGUAGCUCCAGAACAAGAUUGGCUGGAUGUUGUCAGACCAAUAAUAAUGAAAAGGAUCAAUGUGUAUACUGAAGGCGAAAUUCAUUUCAACUUAAUGGCACUUGUAUCUGACAGGAAAAUGAUAUAUGAACGUCAAUUACAAGAACUUAUUAAUGAGACGCAAUUAAUAAGUAUUCAAACUACCGAUGUGGAAAAUGAAAUCCAGAGGCUGAGAAUGUUAAUAGAAUACGAAGAUGUGAAAAUGGCCAGAUAUAAACAAGAGAUGAUAAGACGAAGGCACAAUUAUCUGCCUUUUAUCAUAAUGCUUUUGCAAAUAUUAGCUGAAGAAAAGAAGCUGAUGCCUCUGUAUGAGAAGGCUAAGGAGCGCGCUCUUAGAAAGGGUACGAAGAAAAUGAAAGUA